AUGCAGUCAGAAUUCUUAACUCCUCUUCAAAAUGACACAAAAGACAAGUUUGUAAAUAAUAAUAAUAAUAACAACAACAAUAAUAAUAAACACCUGAUUGUACUGCCGACAAACAAACGACCUUCAUCUAAAAUGAAUUCUCAUUCUCAUAAACCGGUCAUUUUGAACAAUAAGCCUGAUCACAUAAAUCACUCAGAACAAAAUAAUGACAGUACAAAAGAUUUAUUAUCUCCAGGUGAUUUGGUUAAGGAUAGAUGGAGAGUUAUAUGUAAACUAGGAGGAGGCGGUUUUGGUGAAAUAUAUGAAGCAGUUGACACGAAAUUAAAACGUGUACAACAUUCGUCAUCUACAUCAUCAACAUCAUCAUAUUAUAAUGAAUCACAGUCAAAUUUGAAACGUUACCAUCCAGAAUAUUCACUGUGCUUAAAUUGUGCAACAAACAACACUCUAAACAUAGCGGUUAAUUCACCACCCAGUGGUCAAAAUGGUCCUAAUGUAAUAAAAUUGAAACACGAUAUUGGCUCAGAUAGUGGUAUCGGUGGUGUACAAGCCUUUUCAUCAGAUACACAAAUUCAGCAUGGUACUAGAAUCAAUUCAGCUGGUACAACUACAUCAGCUUCGUUAUCUUCUCGUCGUUUAAUACUUACAUGCAACGAAAAUAAUCCUGAUAAAAAUAACCAAGAAGAUGGUCUUAUCCAUUUAAAAUCAUCAGCAACUAAUAACUAUCCUUAUUUACAUAAGAUAAACUCACAGGAUUUCAGUGCCAGUAAUGCAUCAACUCCAAGGGAUUCAAGUCAAACUGGUAAUCCUGACAAAAAAAGUAUGUGUAUCAAUUGUAAGUGUGAAUUACCGCAGAGAUUUAUUGAAAAAUUUACAUUGAACAAUAAACAUGAAUCGAAUGGAAUAUCCACUGACUCCGGAAUUUCCAGUAUAAAUGAAGUUUACGACUAUCGUGUAGCUAUUAAAGCUGAAUCUAACCGUCAAGCUAGACAAGUACUAAGAAUGGAAGUGGCCGUGCUACGCCGUCUUCAAGGAAAAUCGAAUAUAUGUCGUCUGUUUGGUUGUGGAAAGAACGCGAAAUUCAAUUACAUGGUCAUGACUUUACAGGGUAAAAAUCUUUCUGAGAUACGCCGAACUUUACCUGGAGCGGUAUUUACACUUGGUACAGCCUUCCGCUUGAUUAAACAGUGUAUAACUGCUUUGAAAUCUCUACAUGAUGCUGGUUUCCUUCAUCGUGAUGUUAAGCCAUCGAAUUUCGCUAUUCAACGCGGCGAACCAAGGGAAGGUUCACUUCGUGUAGAAGUUACUUUACUGGAUUUUGGUCUUGCUAGACCAUAUACAGUUAAUGGUCCAGGUACUGAGGUACGUAAUGCACGACAAGUUGCAGGGUUUCGAGGUACAGUUCGAUACGCAUCCAUUAAUGCUCAUGCACAUCAAGAUUUAGCUAGAAGAGAUGAUUUAUGGUCACUUGUUUAUAUGUUUAUUGAAUUCGUUUGUGGCCAACUACCUUGGAGACGAAUACGAGAUAAAGAAUUAGUUGGACAAAUGAAAAUGGCUUUGAAUCAUAGAGAGUUGGCAAUCAAAUCUGGUUUACCAGUGGAUAUUGUUACUGUAUGGAUAACACAUUUAGAACAAUUAGAGUAUAAAAGUGUGCCAAAUUAUGAUAUGCUUAUCACUUGCCUAGAUGACUGGUUAAUACAACAUAAAAUACAGGAAUCUGAUUUCUAUGACUGGGAAACUCCAAAGACUAACUCACUUAUCGAUGAUACAAAAAUUCAACAACCUGGUACGAUUACACUUUAUAAAGCUGAUCACAAAGCAAUUUUUUCGGAAAAAUUUAGCCAAAAAGAAGUUAGAACGCAACAAAUAAAUAGUCAGGUGAAUGUAGAGGACAUUGUUGGAAAACAGCACAGUGGGAGAGAAGAGAACAAAGUGAAAGAGGACGAAGAUGAUGAAGAACAGAUUAAUAAAAUGAAUGAAACAUUAAAACCAAACACGCUUUUACAAGUGGUGCGAGAUAACCAAAUGCUGAAAACGAAGUCUUCAAUGAAUUUAAACAAUAGACAUUCAGCUAGCCAUUGCAAUUUAAUGACAAAUAGUCGUUCAACGGCUGCAGAAAUAAGUGCUGACUUAUCCAGUCAUGAUGGAGACAUAGAGAAUGCUAUUAUUAUUGGAGGUGAAUGCUCACAGAAUAGGCAUAAUAAAUUAUCAACAGUCCAUAAUAGUGCAGACUGUAUUUUAAUCGACGAUGAGCAUGAAGAUGAUGUGAAAGUAUUUGCAGAGAUGGAUCUAGGUGUUGACACAAACGAUAAACAUUCACUAAGAAUAUAUGAAAAUGAAAUAAAUAACUUGAAUAGUACCAAGAAUUCAUUUGAUAAUUUUCAAAAGAAUGCGACCACAAGUGAAGAGAAAAAAGGUGAAAUUUUAAUAACGAAAUCUCAGUUACCCAUCACGUCUAAUUCAUCAUUGGUAAACGUAACCAAUAAUAUUGAUAGUUAUAAAAAUGUCGUUGAUAUUAAAACUGAAAAACCGGUGAAAGAAUACUCAAAAUUAAUUUAUGCAAAGCCAAUACACAAUAAUUCCACUGGACAGGAUCUUGUCUCAGGCAAAGAAGCUGUUCAAUUUAUCAAAGACCCAUGCAUUUCAGGAACAAAUCUUAGUACUAAAGAACUAAAUCAAAAUAUUCAAGACGAUAAGUUGGAUGCAGCUGGACAAAGUUUGUUUGUUCCGACCUUCAGCGGAAUGAGCUCAUCUUCUGUACCACAAACUAGUGAUUGUACAACAAAUCCUAGAGCAAAAAUACAUGCUAUAAUUAAGAAUUUACUUGCUGGUCGUCAAAGCAAAGGCAAUGAUUCACCUAAAUUAAGCGAAACAACUCAAAGAUUACCUAAUUGGUCCGGACUUGUAAAAACACCAAAAGAAUCCAACAAAUUUAGUGACACAAAUUCCUCGAACUUAGAUUUGCGAGUUGGCAGUGAUUUUGAUAAGUCUACCUGUCGAUCUAACAAAGCUUCUGUAUUUGAUCAAACUUCACCAUACUAUAUUCAUUUUUCAUUAGGUCAUAUCAAUGCACACGACAAUGAACAAUAUCAUAGAUUUCUGACCGUACCCCGUAAGGAUCACAUCAGUUUGAGCACAUUACGUCUUAAUCGAACUGGGGAGUCAGUUACAUUCGACAGGUCAAAUCCAACUUUUGAAGCUAACUUCAUACAAGAAAGCAAACACAGUAUGACAACUAGUUCAGAUCAAAUAUUAAUUGAUAAUAUGGAGAAUACCUGCAUAACACAUAAUCUGAAUUCUCAGUCGGAGAACCAUUACCCAGUUCCACGAAGAAAAACGUACACUUUAUCUAAAUAA